AUGCGGACAAUGGAUCAGGGACAGCUGCAAAAGUUGCUCAACGCGAGCGCCGCACAGCAAAAUCCAAUGGCAAGUUUUUUCGGUUUUCGGUUUUGGUUUUGAGUGCUGCUCCGUUUCGAAACUCUUUUUCGAAAUGUUAGCGCACCUGUUCGCUUCCUCUUUGCCACCGUAUAAAUAGGCGGGCUCGGGGAAGCGACGAAACCGAUCGGAUUUCGGAGUGAAACUAGUGGAAAGUGAGUUUAUGACGAGUAUUCAGAACGAGUUUUCUCAGCUCCGCGGAGAUGUCGAGAGCUAUUUUGUGGGCAGUUCUAGAACGAUAUUGUUUUGCUAUAAACGAACAAAAAUGUGUACUUCCAAGCUGAGAUAUCUCUUAAAUUCGUUUAGUCACGUCAAAACGCGAAAAAAGUUCAUGAAACUGAUGUGUGUGCUAACUCCAAGUCCACUUUAGUGUGUCGUAUGACUCAGUACCGGCACACAACUUUCUACAUGAAAACGGCAAAGUUUUGGAAAGAAAGAAAGUGCACAUCUUUCUGCUUCCAUUCCGAUUUCGAUUUCCCAAUGGGCCGCCUAGUCACCAUUGUGUGUGUAUGUACUAUUGAUAAGGAACACAAAAAAACAACAGAAAAGGGAAGCGAAAACAUUGGCGUGCCUCUAUUUUUCGUACAUUUCAGAUGCUCUUCGCAGCGGCGAUGACACAACAGCCGACGACGCCGACGCAUUCUGCUUCGGCGGCGGCUUCCGCUCCUUCUGCCACGUGGCAACUCAAAUCCCCACAGAUGCACACUCACGCCUCUUCGGCUGCCUCAAUUCUCGAGGCGAACGUCGCGUUGCUCAUCUUGCAACAGCUUCAGAAUCAGCAGUGUGAGUCUUUUUUUGAUGGAUCUCAGCUGCCGGUGGACAUGCCAAAAACUUGUCAACUGAUAAAAUGAACAGAAUUUCUUAACAAAUAUUUUCAUAGUUGAAACUCUUUUGAUAUCUCUACUGGCAACUGAGAUACAUGGACAAUAUUGGACCGUACUCGUAUGAUUCUGAUUUCCAGCGAUCACCGUGACGCUGCCGACACCUCCGAUCACGACGUCAUCCGGCCUUCCAGCCGCCUUCUCGCUCCCCGUCAUUUAUCCGAGCACCUCGACAGUAGUCUCCACCCCCGCAAUCACCCCCACAACCACUUCUUCCUCGAUGACUCCGCAAUGCUCCACUCCCAACCCGCCGGAAAUGAUCUCGACGAUCAAUAAACUGCUUCAAAUGCAGGCGCAGAAAAGUGUGACGCCGCCGGAUCCGCAAGUGAUGGCGCCGCGGAAAAUCUCACUUCCGGAGGAGUUUGUUCCGAUCAUGACGCCCAGUAGUUCGGCGUCCGCCUCCUCGCCGAGCACGUCUUCGAAGAAGGGAGAAGAAGAUGAGGACGACGAUGAGGACGAGUUUGUGGACAUUGAAUCUGUCGACGUGGCGGUGGAUGGGAAGGAGAAGCGACGGGCGCACGUCGAGUUCUACCGGAGGAUGAAGUACAUGCGACAGCAGUGAGUUGGGCCGAAAGCGACUGUUCAAAAACGGAUUAUAGCUCGGCUUGGGACGGGUUUUCGGAUAAAACUGUCAACUACAAAGUUGUUCAGCAUACUAUUUGCUACAAUUUUGUAGUUGACAACUUUCACGAAUAUUCACUGGUUCUCGAGAUAUAGGUCUUCAAAGUUAGGCGAAGUUGCUCAAUCAAAGCUUUUCAGAGACAAGGCGCUGACGUGUGGAGAGUGCAAGAAGAAGAUCGAGAAUCAGGAGAACGCGAUCGCGGUCCACGUGGCAGAGCACGCGGACGCCGGCGGCUACCAGUGCCGACUGUGCGGUUGGCAAUCGAUCGACAAGUACAAAAUCUACUCGCACAUGCGUGUGGAGCACCCGCGCAAAGUGGACAUGUUCGUCGACAAACGGGACAUGCCCAAGAUGUGCGUGACGCUUUCGCAGUGCUUUCCGAAGACGACGUGUCGGCCGAAGAAGGAGUCGAACAGAAAUGCGGACUCGUACCUGAUGCUCGUGCUCAAGGGCGGUGUGGCCGAUAAACUUUGCAAUGUGUGCAAGGGAAGAGUUCGGCGCGACAAGGCCGCCAUGAUCAGACACGUGCAGACGAAUCACACGAUCAAGUGAGUUGCUCAGUUCGUAUCUCAGUUGCCGGUGGAGAUGGUGAAUUGCGGUCAACUAAUAUAUUGUUUGUUAAGACAUCAUGUACAUUUCAUGUGUUGACAACUUUUUGAUACCUCAACCGGCAACCGAGAUAUAUCGUAUUGAGGGAACGUCUCGUUCAAAUGACCUAAAAUGACUAAAAACCGAUCAAUUUUCAGGUGCAAAACGUGCAAAACAAUCUCAGCGACGCUGGACGACCAACUUCGCCAUCAAAAAGAAUCUCACGGGCUCGCGGAGCCGAAAAUGUCGGUGCAUUACGCGCCGAGUGCGGCGGCGGUCUACCUGUUGCCGGCGCUCGAGAAGUGCUUUCCGCCCAUCAAAUAA